CCGGUGAAAGACAUUGACAACCAAUAGGAAGCGGCGCGUGCGGCUUGUUUCCAUGGAGGCCCUGGGAGGCGAAGCGGAGCCGCUAGAAAGGAGCAGGGCUUGCGGCGCGGGCAGCAGCCGGCUUCGUGACGCGCGGCACGCGGCGUGAAUUCGGGUGACACCGGGAGGAGACUCGGUGGAUUUCUCAUCAUUUAAAGGCACCUCAGCGCGGAAUGGACACGUUUCAGGACCAGCGAGUGCCUUUUUGUAACUACACAAAGCCAGUAAAGACAGAGAGCAGUGAGAGGCUGGAAAAUGACGGAAAGAGAAAAUUCAUUAAGCCAGACCUGGCUGUGGACACUGAAGAGCUUUUCCAGGACCUCAGUCAGCUGCAGGAGACUUGGCUGGCAGAAGCUCAAGUUCCCGACAACGAUGAACAGUUUGUUCCAGACUUCCAGACUGAAAACUUGGCUUUCCACGGACUACAGUUGAAGAUUAAGAGGGAGCUACACAGCCCAUGUUCAGAGCUGAGCUCCAACUGUGGUCAGGAGCGGCCCUUCAAACUCCAAUAUGGAGAAAAAUGUCCGUACGCCAGUGCCUGUGAGCAGAAGCAGCCUGCAGGAAUGAAGCCCUCCAGCCCAGUGACGCCACCUUGUAGCACUCCUGUGUCCCCGCUUCAUCAUGCCUCACCCACGGCGGCCCCAACACCAAAACCAGACAGGACCUAUGCCCACAUACCACCCUCAUCACAGCCUCUCCCUGACAACGCAUACUCUAUGGACCACAGAUUUCGUCGUCAACUCUCAGAGCCGUGUCACUCGUUCCCCUCCCCACCGACGAUGGCCCGUGAUGGCCGGCCCAUCUACCACAGGCAGAUGUCAGAGCCCAACAUCCCCUUCCCACCGCAAGGCUUCAAGCAGGAGUACCCCGAUCCCCUGUUCGAACACCCGGCCAUGAUGGGUGCACCGUUACCCCACACAUACCCUGCAUCCAUGAUGAUCAAGCAGGAGCCGAGGGAUUUCAGCUACGACUCAGCAGAAGUGCCUAGCUGCCAUUCUGUCUACCUACGGCAAGACGGCUAUCUGGCUCACGCUAAUAGGACUGAAGGUUGUAUGUUUGACAAAGUGGCAAGGCACUUCUAUGACGAUACCUGCGUGGUUCCGGAAAAGGUUGAAGGGGACAUCAAGCAAGAGUCAGGCCUGUACCGCGAGGGUCCCUCGUAUCAGCGCAGAGGCUCUUUGCAGCUGUGGCAGUUCCUGGUGGCUCUGCUGGAUGACCCAUCAAACUCCCACUUCAUUGCCUGGACUGGACGGGGGAUGGAAUUCAAACUCAUUGAACCAGAAGAGGUGGCACGCAGGUGGGGGAUCCAGAAGAAUCGACCAGCCAUGAAUUACGACAAACUCAGUCGGUCGCUUCGCUACUACUACGAGAAGGGAAUCAUGCAGAAGGUGGCAGGUGAGAGAUACGUGUACAAGUUUGUGUGUGACCCCGAGGCCUUGUUCUCCAUGGCGUUUCCAGACAAUCAGCGGCCAGUGCUGAAGACAGACAUGGAGCGUCAGAUCAACGAAGAGGACACAGUGCCAUUGUCGCACUUUGAUGAAAACAUGACCUACGUACAGGAAGGGCCCUACUGCCAGCCACACCCCUAUAGUGAGGGCUAUGUUUAUUAAUGCCAGCCCACACACACACACACAUCUCUACGUCACCUAAACUGAUUGCCACUCCUCAAAGUGUCAUGUCCUCACGUUCACAGUCACUCUGGGAAAAAGACUCAGUAUACACAUGCUGUGGAGCGUCCCAUUUCUCUCCCUGUCUUCCUCUUUGUUCCCCUUUCUCACCCACCCUCAUCUGCUUUUAGUUUUUGUUUUUGAUGCAGGAUGGAUAGUGCACUUUAUGGACUGGACCAGUGCGAUGGUAACCUGCCAGGGUUAGCUAGAGUAGCUAGCUGGGGUUUGCUUUUCACAGUUUAUAAAUUAAUGUAGGAUUUUUUUUUAUAGUUUUAUGAUUUCAACUAUGUGGCAUGUGGUAUGACACAACACUGAGUGGCCUCUUAUCAUCCAAGGACCGAUUCUUAAGACUUGUGAUGUUUGCCGGAAAAGAAACAGCCUCGUCUGCACACAUGCCGCAAUCCCAGGAUGAUCCCGACCCUCACUUUUGUUCAGCUCUCCUUUAUUUUCCCUGCAAACAACCAUCAUGUGCUUUCAUGCUCAUUUAAGUACAUGCAGCCACACGUUGUAAUGAUACUUUUAUGGCAGUGUGACAUGAUUAUAGACUUGGAAAAAGUAAUGUGAUGAUAAUAAAAGAGACUAUGUUAACCAUCAGCCAGGACAUCCUCACCAGCAGUUGGAAAGUGGCACCUUUGUCUGUCAAUCAUUUCUGUCCCCUCGUCCACUCAAACUCUAAUUGUAAAGAGAUGUUUUUGAUGUAAUAAUAUAAACUCCACUGGAUUGUUCUCUGACCUGCUGAGAACCUUGUGGUUUAGUAAAGAUGACACUUUGGCACACAAGGAUGCACUUAAUAUUGAAUUGUGUGGAUGAAAAAUUCUGUGCAUUUAGUACAAUGGUUUUAAGGUACAGGCCACUGUAAAUUAACCCAUUCAUGAAUACACUGUAAACAGCAGGUCCAUUUGUAUUUUAAAAUACAUCAAAGCAUCAGUUAUUGGUUUGUCAUUCGGAUGUUCAGUUUUUCAAUAAAUACCAGGUGAAAGUGUGCAUAGUCAAUGUGGAGAAGCAACAGAAUAUGAGAUUUGAGUUAGAAAAUAAAAACUUACAAUCAAAGACAAAAUCCAGAAUUGCCCUUGAUUUAUUUAUUUUUUACUUUUGAUUUGCAGAAGAAUCAUGAUGUGUAUAUAUUUGUGCUUAAAACCAUUGCCAUCGAUAGGGUUUAAUUUUUUGGGAUGCAGAUAUAAUAAAUAUUAUAAUGUGAUGUGAUUAAAAAAAGUGUUCCAGGUAAACACACAUUUUGUUGCUGCUUCAAACUGUAAAUUACAUUUGUUGUCAAAAAAAAAUGUACAGCAGCCAUGGCUUGCCAUUUUGGAUUUCUUUUUCUUUCUUUUUUUUUCUUUUCUGUUUAACAGCAAUUUUAAAAGAAUCUGUCUGAAUUUUGUUCUUGCGUGUCUGGGAUGGUAAUGGCAACAACAGAAAUUCUGUAAUAAAAUAUCCCUAAA